AUGGCGUCGUUUUGCGCACUGCCGUUACCGCACGAUGAGCGACUCCGGCAGCGUCUACUGCGCGUGAUGGAGACGUUCGAGAGCCGCUUUGGUGUGCCUCCUGCGGGCGUCGUACGCGUUCCUGGCCGCGUGAACCUCAUUGGAGAGCACGUGGACUACGAGGGCUACGCGGUGCUGCCCAUGGCGAUCGAGCAGAGCGUCUACGUGGCCUUCAGCGCCGUUAAACAGGGCGGAGUACCUACCGGUGGGACGCUGUUGCGUGUGACCAAUGCGCAGCCACGAUACAAAGACGCACAGCUGUCGGUGCGGGAGGCAACGCACGAGUGCAUGCGCAAACUGGACCAGGACGGGGCUGGCUGGGCCAAGUACGUGCUGUGCGGCGUUCAAGGCGUCCAGAGCGCUUACCCGGAGCUGUUUAGCACUGGCGACAAGACAAAGCUUCACAUGGCAGUGGACGGAGACGUGCCUGCUGGCUACGGUCUGUCCAGUUCCAGUGCGUUGGUCGUUGCAGGUGCGCUCGCUACAGUGAGUUCCCUCCGGCGACGGUCAGGACAGGAGGUGCCGAGUCGAUUGGAGCUGGCGGAGCUGUGUCGACGAGCAGAACAGCACGUGGGGACAAUGGGGGGAGGGAUGGACCAGACGGCCGUGUGUCUUGCGCAGGAGGGAGUGGCUCUGUAUCUCGAGUUCUCGACUGGCUCGGCCACAAGUCAAUUGGUCCGGGUCCCGACUACUGCUGCUGCUGAUGGGGUGACGUUUGUGGUUGCGAACUCGCUGGUCGUCGCAGAGAAAGCUGUGGAUGCGGCCACUCGCUACAACAAGCGUGUGAUUGAGUGCGCUCUGGCUGCCAAAUUGAUCGCGAAAAAGACAGACAUCGACACGUGGAGAACGAUAACGCGUCUCGUGGAUGUCCAAACUGCGCUUGGCGAUACUGCACAACCUGCGCACUUUGACGCACUGCAAAAGCUGGCAUCGGCUGUCUGUCCGCUCACCGAAUGCUCAAUUUCGGAUCUGGAAAAAGAGUUUGGCGAGCCGAUCGUGGAUCUGUUUGCCGGUUCCAAGCUGGAGUCUACAGCCAAUAAUGUUAUAGCUUCGGCGGCGUCAUUCAAGCUGCAGCAGAGAGCAAUGCAUGUGUGGGGUGAGGCUGAACGUGUCCAGCAAUUCCGAGCGAUAUGUGCUUCCUUGACGAAUGAGAAAACGACUCCAUCGUCAAAUCAAGACGGAGCAGGGACGUCAGACGUCCGGGCACAAUUGAAAAGUCUUGGAAACGUCAUGACUGCGAGCCACUUUAGCUGUCGGGAUUUGUACGAGUGCAGUUGCCCGGAACUCGACGCCCUGGUUGAUGCUGCUUUAGCUGUUGGUGCUCUGGGAGCCCGCUUGACUGGGGCUGGAUGGGGAGGCUGUAUUGUCGCGCUCGUCUAUAAAGCAAGCGCGUCCAAAUUUAUCAACGACAUACGGUCCAUCUACUACAGCAAGCGCGGUGUAGCACCAGCUGACGCAUCCAAUGCCAUUUUUGAGACGGCUCCCGCACGCGGCGCUGAUGUUUUUGACGUAUGA